UCAACAGUCACACUGAUUGUUUGUUUGGGUUUUGGUUUUCGUGGUUUUUUAAUUUAAUGAAUUAAUUUUACAAUGUCCAACGAUAAACGCACCGUUUAUGUGGGCGGACUGGCCGACGAAGUUACAGAGAGGUUGCUUAACAAUGCCUUUAUACCGUUUGGCGACAUUGCUGAUAUCCAAAUGCCUGCGGACUACGAAUCGCAACGUCACCGGGGAUUCGCGUUUAUAGAAUACGAACAGGGCGAGGAUGCCGCUUCUGCAAUAGAUAAUAUGAACGACUCUGAGCUUUGUGGACGCACAAUUCGCGUGAACUUGGCCAAGCCGGUGCGCGUAAAAGAGGACAGUUUCAAGCCCGUUUGGGCAGAUGACGAUUGGUUACAGAAGCACGCGGGUGCCACAUUGCAGCCUGAAGGUGACUCAGAAGCGGAAAAGGUGGAAACUCCCUCCACGGGGCCGGCAGUCAUCGAAAAAUCAGAAAAACGUAACCCUCAAGUGUUCUUUGACAUACGAAUCGGCGGAAACGAUGCCGGUCGGAUUGUUAUGCUCCUCCGGGCGGAUGUUGUGCCCAAAACGGCGGAAAACUUUCGACAGUUGUGCACCCAUGAGCAGGGCUACGGCUACAAGGGCUGCUCAUUUCACCGGGUGAUUCCAGAGUUUAUGUGUCAAGGAGGCGACUUUACAAAUAACAAUGGCACUGGCGGCAAGUCCAUCUAUGGCAAGAAGUUCAACGACGAGAAUUUCAACUUGAAACACAAUAGUUUUGGCACUCUGUCCAUGGCGAACUCAGGCGCCAACACAAAUGGCUCACAGUUCUUUAUAUGCACCACAAAAACCGAUUGGCUGGACAACAAACAUGUGGUAUUUGGUCAUGUUAUCAGUGGUGCCGAGGUGGUGCGCAAGAUGGAGCGUUGCGGCUCCAAGACGGGCACUCCCAAUCAGAAGAUAGUCAUAUAUGCCUGUGGAGAACUGAAAUAAAGAUGCUCGAGCUAGUUUA